AUGGUUGAAGUGAUUGUCGAUUGGGUCAUAGGAAAUGCUUUCAAGUUUGUUGCUGGGGAGUUUAUCAAGGUGGCGAGAUACAAGGAGGAGCUCCGGCCUCUAGCCGAGGAUCACCGCAAAUACGUCGCCCUGCUCAAGGAGAUGGAGUCCAAUCCAACGAAGAACAAGUACCAAACGCAAUCCAGCCAGUUCCAGAACUGGAGGGAAGAAUUCAACCGAUGGUGCAUGGAUACCAUGGAGGUGAUCGAGCUAGCGAGACGAAGGAUCUGGCUCGCGAUCAAGAGGCAAAGACUCUCCUUUUGUGUCAUUCACAACGAUCUUCCAGCGGCCACCUUGUCGUGCUUGGUCGUGGAGCAGCGGAGUACUCACGGCUACCGGAGGCAGCCAGUUCCGGAGAACAUCAUGCCAGUGAGCGAGAAGCUGGAGGAGAUCAUCCGGCUGCUCAUGGACCCGGAGAAGGGGAAGUGGAUUGGCAUCUGCGGGAUGGGUGGAUCCGGCAAGACCACCCUCGCAAGCCUGGUGAACAACGACGCCAGAGUUCUCGAGCACUUCGAAGGCCGCGUCUACUUCCUGGGCGUCCAUCGCAACGCGAGCGUGGAGAACUUGCAGAGGGCGCUGUUCAACCUCCUGGACGAUGAUCGCGGGAGAGCUCUCGAUCAGCCCAAGUCGACGCUGCAUGAUCUUCUGGGCGGCCAGAGAACGCUGCUCAUACUGGACGAUGUCUGGGAAGGCGCGGUGUUGGAUGGGCUCGACGUCCUGGAUCGGGCAAACGGGAGCAAGAUGCUCGUCACCACGCGAAACUCCGGGCUGCUCGAGCGGAGGAAGGCGGAAGUGAUUACCUCGGCGGGGCUUCUCUCGAGCGCGGAUAACAAGAAGUUCUUUUGCAUGCACGCUUUCAAGGACGCCGGGAGCGAGCAGCCGGGGAUCGAUGAUCUCGUGGGCGAGAUGGCGGCGGCGUGCAAGGGACUCCCGCUCGCGCUCAAGGUGGUGGGAUCUUCCAUGGCGGGCAAGACGGAUCGGGCAAGCUGGAAGGUGUCCGCCGCGAAGGUGAAAGCGCGAGGGCUGGCGGCACUGGAGGAGGAGGGAGAGGUGUCUCACCUCUUCGACUAUAGCUACGAGGACCUCUUGACGCUCGAGUAUGGGAAGCUCUUCCAGGAGUGCUACCUCUGCAUGGCUGCGUACGAGGGAGACGCCAGGAUCACGCUCGAGGAGCUCGUGGCGCUGUGGAGAGGAGACGAUCUCAUCCCGCCUCUGGCCGUGGAGCAGGGCGAGACCAGCGGCUGGGACGAAGCUCGGAUGAUUCUCGACGUCCUGGUGAAGAGAUCCAUGGUUGAAGUCGAGGUUGAUGGUGGUGGCUACCGCCUUCACGAUGUUCUUCGCGAGCUCAUCCUGCGCCGCCUCGACAAUCCUCGAGGGGAGCACGAGGAAGGGUGUGCUUUUCUGGCUGGACGAGCGACAGGGAAGAGGCUCACAGAUCUAUUCAGCUCCAAGUUGGUAGGAGUGAGAAGGAUCUCGCUGCGAGCUUCCGGGAUUUCUUCGCUUCCACCGAGCGAGGGCGUGGCACACGACGUUCGGGUUUUGCUGCUCGACAAGAACAGCCUCGCAGAUGGUGGAUUGAGUGCCGUCAAGAGUUUCAUCAACUUGAAAGUCUUGAGCAUGAGAGGGACGAGCUUCAAGGUUCUACCGAGCGAGAUUUGCAGCCUCGGGCAACUCCAAGUGCUCGAUCUGCGGGACUCGAGGCUGGAAGAAGUCCCCCAGUGCUGCUACACCAUGUCCUCGCUCAAAUACUUGGAUCUUCUCACAAGCUCGAGCUUCAAAGGAAUUAGAAACUUCCAGUUUGCAAUGCUCCACAAGCUCUCUAACUUGGAGGUAUUACACCUGAACUUUCGCAGCCCUCGGGACGAGAAGCUGGAUCUAGAUGCCCUUGAGAAGCUGACGAGCCUGGAGCUCUCGAGCGACGAGAAAAACCACGGCAGCAUAGAGAUCUUCUCGAGCAGCCCAGCAAAGUUGGCCAACCUCCGGUACUUGACACUCCAUACAAGGGUGGCAAACCUCCGGAACUUCUUUGCCAUGCCGGCCAAUCUCGAGUCCUGCGUGGUGCGAGUGGAAACCUUGCAUGGCUCGUGGAAGAAGCUGUUCCAAGGGUGUAAUUAUCUGAGGCUGCUCGAGGUAGGAACUUGCUUCGAUGAAAUCCCAGAGGUGGACAAGUUUGUGGCGCUCUCGUCUCUCACACUACACGGCUGCAGCAUGCCACCAGCAUCCUUUGCAAGCUCUUCAGUCUUUCCAUGCUUGACUACCCUGGUUUUCUGGGACUCCACAUUCGAGGAGCUCAAGGAUUUCAACCCAGGAUCAUUCCCUAUGCUUGCAAAGCUCGAGUUUCAUUCGUGUCGGAGCCUGCUCUAUCUUCCUCGAUCGGUAACUCGGCUCCCAAAGCUCAAGGAGCUUCAUGUAGUGAACGGAGGCUUGGUGAAAGGUCUGCUGGAAGAGUUUCCGGGGCAAGAGGACGUGUUCAGUGAGCUCCGGGUGCUCAAUCUUGAGGGGACGCGCAUCCAGUGCCUGCCUCUGGUGGUGGCAUGGUCUCCAAAGCUGGAGAGUUUGUCGGUGAGGGAGUGUUACAAAUUGGAGAAGUUGCUGAUCGAGUCAAGUGCCAUGGACGAACGUGAAAUGUUCCCAGGAUUUAGGCAUGCUGGCGUUGGAAAGUGUGGCCUCAAAGAAGAUCAACGUUCUCAGGCAAACGGAAAGAUGGCUAACGUGGAGGACUUCCAGAGGGAGAUGAGAGAAGCAUGGUCCAAGGGACUGAUCUUCGCGAUGAGGGACUUUGUUUUCCUUUGCUUCCUCCUUGGGAAUAGUUUCCUCGACAUUUGA